AUGGACAUUGAUGCGUCCAAAUCAGUUCAGACAACUUCUGCAAAAAUGGGUAUAGAAAUUGGACUCAUCAUUUCUUUCAUUUUUCCUUCAGCCCCAGUAAUUGGAGUCCUCAACAACCGAUGGAAUCAAACUAGGUUGUUUCUGUUGAUAGGCGCCAUGCUGAAGUCCUGUGCCGUUGUACUUUUGGCAUUUGUAACAACAAACGCAGUAGCAUUCAUCUUGUUUGCUCUUAUGGGAAUCGGAGCCAGCAUUAUGUGGAUGACUUGCUUAAAGGAGUUAAACAGACUUGCUGGUGAAAACUUCAAGCUUCUGUACUCCAUAUCGACGUGUGGAUACCCAGUCGGUAUGAUCCUAGUACCUCUCCUAGCCACAGCGCUGAUUGAUGUCUACAGUUGGCGGGACGUUCUACUAUUCAUCGGCGCACUUACCACGCAUCUAAUACCAUGUGGUAUGACCAUCAAGGCAUCUAUGGAUCCAAGAGACCAUGCACAAUACGAUGGUGGUGAUGGAAGAAGUCAAUCGGACAGUACGUCAGAGAUGGGACUCAAUCAAAGAUUCCAUGGUUCAGAAGAUAGAUUCGAUCAAGACUCAUUACCAAGGUUGGAUAUUGAUGAUUCUGAGAACGGCGACGCUCAUCAGUGUUCUCAAACGAAGCAAGAUCUCACGCGCAGUUACCUUAAAAUAACACCGAUCGAUGACUACGACGACGACGAUGAUGAUGAUGAACGAUCCACAAAGUGCAGUAACCUUCAAAGUAAUGGUUUAACGAGAAGAUUAGUAGAGUGGUGGAGAAGCACGGAGUUUUACUCGAAGCCGCUUUUAGCUUUUGUCAUUCUCUCUUAUUGCAUGCUAGAGUUCAUUUACACCGGCUGGCAUGCUUUCCUUUUACCAAAAGCACUCCAAAGAACGUCAGAACGAAACACAGUUUUCAUAGCCUUAAGUGCGGCUAUCGGGAAUCUUUCUGGAAGGAUAUCAUCCGGUGUUUUAACCAACAGGCUCUUUGAUCCUACCAACAUGUACCUAAUAUUGUCGGUUAUUAACGUUGCUGCCUUGGCAUGUGAUGGCUUCCUACCUUAUUACUUCGUUUCGCUUAUGAUGUCAUACUUCAGUGGUCUUUCAAUCGCGGGAAGGGCCGUUCUAGGACCACUUGUUAUAAAGAGCACUGUUUCAAACGAAAACGUUCCGUUGAUCAUCGGAGUUUUGUAUUUUGUUUCUGGCUUUGGUGCUUUCCUGGGUGGCUUCUCAGCAGGAUUGAUUGCCGACUGUUUAUCGUCAUAUGAUGCGACCUUCAAGAUUCUUGCAAUUGUUGACAUAUUAACCUUCAUCUUCAUGGCUGUACCUAAAAUAUUUGGUAGAAACCUAUUGACCGGUAAAGUCUAG